AAAACGUGGCAUUAUGCUGAAUCAUAUCUGCUAUAAUUUGUUCAUACCCCGUUGGAAUAUCAAACUUCUCAAGUCAUUCAUUGGAAGGAAAUCUAUAUUACACUCAAAAAACGAUGAAUCCUAUGCCCAUUACCAUGAUGUUUCUUUAGUCAUAUAUAGUUCGAUACCUGCUAAGGUAGCCUAGAUAUUAGUGAAGAUUCUAGUAUAUGCAUAUAAAUAUAUGUAUAUUCACCCCUUAAGGUAGAAUAUUUACAUUUGGAUUCUGAUUCCAUUGGUCUGUAAAGUUGUGGCUACCAGUGUCUGUGUGUGUGUGUGUGAUAGGUGAGAUUUGGGUUUUGACCUCUGAUUUAGAUGGAGCUGAAAUUCUUCUCUUCCAAUUCUGUGUCCACAUCUGAGGUUGCCCAUGUUGGAAGAUCCUACUCCACUUUGCUCAACAGUUUCAGGCACAAAGUUGGAGUUAGAUUUUCCACCCAGUUCAAGUGCCGCAGAGGGUUGUUUCUCAGGACUUAUGGUGCCUCUGAUAACACUUAUUUGGCAGAUAAUGCUUUCAUUAGUUCAGUUGGUUCAGAUAAUCUUGCAGCAGAAACGAGUUCCCAUCAUAUUAAUGGAAUAAAUGGCUCAACUUCGAGCUUCUAUUCCAGAAAUCUUAGAGUACUUGAUGCUUUUGAUGAUGAGUAUGGGGGAGUUGUCAUUGAUCCAGAUAGGUUACCACCCAAUCCAUCUGUUUUUGCACCUGUACUGCGUUUAUCUCUUUCUCAUUGGAAAAAGAUGGGAAAGAAGGGAAUUUGGCUUAAGUUGCCAUUAGAGCAAUCUGACCUUGUUCCAAUUGCUGUGAAGGAAGGCUUUCAAUACCACCAUGCAGAGCCAGGAUAUGUGAUGUUAACUUACUGGAUUCCUGAAGGACUUUGCAUGCUUCCAGCGAAUGCAUCACACCAAGUAGGAGUUGGGGGAUUUGUCAUCAAUGACAACAAUGAAGUGCUUGUAGUGCAAGAGAAACACUGUUCUCCUGCAACUCUUGGUCUUUGGAAGAUACCAACUGGAUUCAUUCUUGAGGCAGAGGAGAUAUAUACAGGAGCUGUAAGAGAAGUGAAGGAAGAAACGGGGAUUGAUACAGAGUUUAUUGAAGUCAUAGCAUUCAGGCAUGCACAUAAUGUGGCCUUUGAGAAGUCAGAUUUGUUCUUCAUCUGCAUGCUAAGACCUCUGUCAUCUAACAUCAUAGUUGAUGAUCUUGAAGUUGCAGCAGCAAAGUGGAUGCCCCUGGUUGAGUUUGUUGAGCAACCAAAAAUCCAAGAAGACUCAAUGUUCAAGAAGGUAGUAGAUAUCUUUAUUGCUCGUCUUGGGAAGCGUUAUUGUGGCCUAUCAACUCAUCAAAUAGUUUCCAAGUUUGAUGGCAAGGUGUCUUCCCUAUACUACAAUUUCAUCGACAAUGAAAAUAUCAACUGCAUUGGAAAUUAAGACUCUGAAAACUCAAAAGCACCCUAAGAACUGGGCUAACCACUACACUACAGAUAUAUAUGUAACAUUUUUAAGUGCAAUUUUAUUUCUAAAUGUAUAUAAUAUCUAUAAUAACAACGUUCCUCUGGAACAUGUGUGACCAUCACACUUGUUUCCCAUGUACUGAUGAUGACCUUGUAAAUAGAACAUCCACUAUAUUAAUGAGUCUCCAUCUUAUAAUUUAUGGAACCAA